AUGAAUAAUGAAAAAUCUCAUUCAGAAGUAAGUCGGAAUGAAGCUGGCACAGUGAUGUUUCAAGAAUUAACCCAACAAUCUGAAAAUUUGAUAAAUGAACCUUUAGUAAAUGUUGUUCCUCAAAUCAUUUCAGUAAAUAAAGAUUAUGAAACACAAGAAAUAAAUGGAAAUUUACAAUUAAAAGAAUUUAAUGAAGAAUUAGAAACACAACAUACUCCUCAAACAAAAUAUUCUUCUAGUAUAUUAACAAAUACUAACCAACCAACCACACCUCAAAUUAUAACAACAAAUAUAUUAAAUACAAAUAAAGAUGGAAUAUAUGAAGGACUUCCAAAAGUAGGAAUAAAUAAUCAAAUUAAUACAUCAAGAAUCAUAGAUGGUAGAUUAUUAGUUUCAGAUUUAAAUAGUCCAAUAGUUACAACAUCAAUUGAAUCUUCGAUGAUGAAAAAACCAAGAAAAGUGGAGAAACGUAUUAAUCAUAUUUAUACUAAAGAACAAAAAACAAAAUUAAGAGAUUUAUUCCGUAAACAUGGAGCAAAUUGGAAAAUGGUUAAAUAUGCAUUAGAAACAGGUAUUAAAGAAGAUUAUUGUCGUAGAUUAAUUAAUUCAAUUAAACGAGGAGAUGAUAUUACAACAAAGAAAAAAAGAGGACCUCCUGCAAAACAUUCUGUAGAAUUAAUACGAGAAAUUAUUGAAGAAGUUAAAAUUAGAGGGAAAAGUACAAGAGAAGCAUCAAAACAAUUAAAAGUAUCACCUUCAUCAAUUUGUAGAUAUAUGAAAAAACAAGAAGCAAGAGAAAUUUAUGAAAGAAUUCAAGAAGCAAAUAAUAGAAAUAAUAAUAAUUUAAAUUUAAAUGAAAUAGAUACAGAAUCACCACAUUUAAUACCAAUAGUUGAAAAUGGAUUAGGAAUUGGUUCUGAAACACAAAUUUCUCAAAAUCAAAUUCCAAGUAUUAGACAAGCAGAACAAAUUAAUUUAAAUAAUCAAAUAAGUGUUUCUGAAAUUGGAAAUAAUAGUCAAGUUUCUAUAAACCCAAAACUUAUAGAAAUGAGUAUGAAUGGAAUUUCAUUAGGAAUACAUUCACUAACUGGAGUAAUUAAUGAUCCAAACACCAUUCAAACUAUUGAAAUUCCACCUCAAGAAAUAAAUGUAAAACCUAAUGAAAAAGAAGGAGUUGGAAUAAAAGAAGAAGAAGAAGAAAAUGGUACAGUAAUAGAAAUAGCAUUAUAA